CUAGGCAGCACACUAACCCAAGACGGAGACGACGAAGCGGAUAUCCUCAGCAGGAUAGAGCGGGCCCAGAAGAAAAGCGGGGAGCUCUCCAGGGUCUUCGCGCACAAGAACACUAGCAGGGAGCUAAAGACACGCAUCUUGAGGGUGUUCGUGUUGCCGGUAGCGCUCUGGGGAUCCGAGACCUGGGCACUAACAAACAGGACGGGGGCAGCACUCGGCAUAUGGUGGCGCAAGAAGCUACGCUCCUGCAUUGGAGCCACGAAGGCCGACCACAUCCGCACGGCGGACCUGCUGGAGAGGACGGGGCAGGAACAGCUCAGCAGCAUAGUCGAGCAGAGGCGACUCAGAUACAUCGGGCACCUAGUGCGAUACCCAGCGACAAGAUGGGCGCGGAUCGCUUUAGCAGCAGAAGGGGAGCGGGUGCAGGGCUACAGGAGAGGCAGGGGAGCACCGCGCGCAACCUACAAGAGGCAGCUGGAGGCUGACCUCAGGGCGAGAGGGGUGCAGCUAAGUAACGCAGAAAACAGGAACCUCUGGGAACAA